GAGAAUGCCACUCGACUUCUGUUCACACGCGUUGGAGUCGCCAUAACUGGAACCGGGGAUACGGUUAAGGGCUUGCGGAGUGCCUGUAGCUGGGUGAAUCAGAAUGGGAGACAACAAGCCGAUUUGGGAACAAAUAGGAUCCAGUUUUGUCCAACAUUACUAUCAGCUGUUCGACACAGACAGGACUCAACUUGGAUCAAUAUAUAUUGAUGCAUCAUGCCUUACGUGGGAGGGCCAGCAAUUCCAAGGAAAAGCGGCAAUUGUCGAAAAACUCUCUAGCUUGCCCUUCACAAAAAUUGCCCACAGCAUAACAGCACAAGACCACCAGCCCACCCCUGACAGCUGCAUAAUGAGUAUGGUAGUAGGCCAACUAAAAGCAGAUGAUGACCCCAUCAUGGGAUUCCAUCAGAGUUUCAUCCUGAAGAACAUUAAUGAGGCAUGGGUUUGCACCAAUGACAUGUUCCGCCUUGCGCUGCACAAUUUUGGUUAAACGCCCCAUGGCUAGCAAAAGGGAAGCGGUGCAAGGUGGAGGAUGCGGUUCUACCCUGGUGACGCCUGAACCCAUCAAACAGCCCUUCAUUCAUCACACUCAAGAGAAACAGCACCGGAUUAUAGCAGUCAAUCACAGAAAACAUUGCAGGCAUAUACAGUACUGCCACUUUUCCAGAAAAGACAUGUUUCUUUGCUGAAAGCCCACAUAUUCAUCAAACUGACCCUUUUUCCUUCGCCUACCUGCAUGAUGAUGGGGAGCUUAAGUAUCAGAAAACGCCCUGAUCAGGACAAUUACGUAUUAACUUUACCUCUGCUGUUUGAUAUUUACAUUUUAGUUGCUGAUUUUGACUUUGAAAUAACAACUCUCUUACUGUCUUCUUUGCUUUAGUACAAAGUGUAUUAUCAGCUUGUUUUUAGAAUAUGCUCCUGGAAGUUCUUUGCACCUCUUGAAAAUUGGAGUCUUCAUUAAGUGUGAUGUCAGGAUGCUCAAGCUAUCCAAAGAACACCACUCUAAUUUCCCCCUCGCUUCAGGCCAGUCAGUGUGCUUCUCACUUUCUGCUCACUGCUCUGUGUGACUUUAAUUACCAAGCCACGAUACACAAUAAAACCUUUGACUUUUUCUUAACAAUGUUAUCAUCCCCCUGUCUCGUUUUGCAUCUGCCUUUUCCCUUUCCUGUGCUUGCCUCUUCAUACUUUAGAUGCUUAAUAUUAGUUUCUCUAUAUAAUUUCUUGGUUACAAAUUCAGUCUUGUUAUAGGUGGCCAGUUUUUCUUGAAGCAGCUUGUCUUAACUAUGAAGUAGUUUUGAACUGUAGGACAGGGCUAUGAUUAGCAGUUUAACUUAAACUUGCAACAUGUUGUCCAUUUUAUCUAUGUACAAAUGGCAGAAUUAUCAAUGAAGGCUCUUGUUGGAAAGUGUAUAUGCAAAGGUAAAAAUAUGAUACACACCCUGGUGAUGCCACGUCAAGAAAGCAAUGUUAAGUAUUGAGACAGAUAUAAAAAACAAAUUCAGAUGACCUUUCUCAGUAGUUUUAUUAUUUUAUCCUUUUAAGUUUAGAGCUUCCAUUUCCCCUUGAUAAAAAUCUUUUAAGUAAUGGGGUGUGGAAAAUUGUGUGACAAAAGCUAAUAGGAAUGUAAAUGCCAUUGAGUUUGUAGUAUUACAAAAGCUCUUCAUGUUUUGGUGCAUUCUCUUCUUUAUUGAUUUUAAUAGCUUAUAUUGUGGCACUACCAGUACAAGAAGGAAUGGUAACAUUAAAGACAUUUAAAGCCUAAAACUUGAAAUUAAUACUGGUUUGGGGGAAUAAGAGAUAACUAGCCCUUAAUUUUUCACAAGAUGUUUACAGUAAAGGAGUAAUGGUCUAUGAUUAGGAUUAUAAAAUCCUCUUCAUAGAAUUUAAAGGCCUUUGUGCCAUGUGAUGGUAUGUAUAUUUUUAAAAGAUGUCUCCUGCAUUGUAGCUGUGCACUGAAAUAUUCGGACCGAACUGCAAGAACAUCACUUUUUCACAAUUGUUUCCUGGACAUAUUUUUGUGUUAUUGUAUAUUUAACGCUUGCUCAACCCUGCCGACAUCCACUGUCUCAGUGGUUUGAGAAGAGCAAAAGAAGGCUUGAUUUCCCCUCAAAAAAACAAAAAUAAUACAAUGGGAAUACGUCAGAAAACUAUUUCAGUUGCCUACAUGUUUGUGAAAAUAAAGGAGA